ACUUGGAGCUGCUGCAGUAAAAGACACAUGGAGCCGUCAAAGCGGGACAGUUUACCAGGGAAUAAGUUUAACGAGACAACACCUGCUUACAGUUGAUGCGCUCACCUGGUCAUUGGAUAUGAAAGUAUGGGGGGGUUGUGUAACCAGCGGACGAUUCUGGCAGACGCGUUUGUCGCCCUGCUUUCGGUUGCCGACUCACGCGCUGCCUGUCGAGUAGUGAGCAGCACAGCAGCCAGACGGACCGACCGAGGAAGAGAGUCGACGAAUAAAUCCUCCACGCCCAGAGAUCACCGUCUCUCACCUCUCAGUUUCAGGUUCCCAACAUGGCCGCACAAAUCUCACCAGAGGAGCAGGAGGAACUCAGAGAAGCGUUCGCCAAAAUUGAUGUGGACAACAAUGGGUUUAUUAGCAAGGAUGAGCUCACCGAGCUUUUCAAGGCCGCUAACCUGGCGCUGCCGGGCUACCGGAUCCGAGAGAUCGUCCAGGAGUUGACUAAGACCAGCGACCAGCUCACCUUUGAAGAGUUCACUGAGGUGAGUUCACAGGUCAAAGGUCACACAGAGAAAUAAACUGUCUAUUGUCAU